CACACAGCCAACACGACCUUCCAACAGAAGGCUUUUGACAGUACGAUGUGUUGAUUAACUGAGUGCUUGUGAAGUGUUUAUUUGAUUAGAAUCAUGUUCCGUGCUUCAUUCACGAUAUGUACAAGAGGCAUUACUGCACGGCUGAUCUCGUCUGUCUCUGGAGAAAACACUCUUCCAUCAAACCUGCGUCUUCCAUCAAAUCUCAUAGGAGCUCCGAGACCAAAGGCAGCUCUCCCCACUGGUUCUGAGCUUCCUGUCCUGCGCAGAUGUGAUGCUGAUAUUCCAGCUCACCUUGCACCUGUUCAAACUUGGCUGCACUCCAUAGGAAGUUAUGAGAGCGAACCAUUGGGAAUUGUUGAUCUUCACCCUGAUGUGUUUUCUGUCCCUGUCAGGCUCGAUAUACUCCAUGCUGUGGAAGUCUGGCAGAGAAACUUCAAAAGAAUUAGCCAUGCCAAGGUAAAGAGCAGGGCAGAGGUUAGAGGAGGAGGCAGGAAACCAUGGAAGCAGAAGGGAAGUGGACGUGCUCGGCAAGGAAGCAUUCGCUCCCCGCUGUGGAGAGGAGGUGGAGUUGCUCAUGGUCCAAGAGGCCCAACCAGUUAUUAUUACAUGCUGCCCAUGAAGGUGCGAGUACAAGGACUGAAAAUCGCACUGACUGCCAAAUUUACGCAGGGUUAUCUUCAUGUUCUUGACUCGUUGGAGAUUCCCACUCCAGACCCACACUACCUAGAGGAACUGGUCAAACACAGGCAGUGGGGGGAUUCAGUCCUGAUUGUGGAUGUAGGGGAGGAGUUCUCUCCCAACAUUCUGCAAGCCACAGAAAAUUUGAAGACUGUAAAUAUCAUUCCAGCCAUAGGCCUGAAUGUUCACAGCAUGCUGAAACAUGAAAGUCUGGUUCUCACGUUGGAGGCGGUGAAGUUUCUAGAAAAGAAGUUGCUGUGGCACGACUCUCGCUUCACACCGCUCUACCCAUUUAAAUUGUCCUAUAGUGACAUGCCAUGAACAAUUAUGUAUUAAAAAAAUUUAUUUCAUAAA